AUGGAGGACAAUAGAGAUCCACUCCAUGGUUCGCUGAACGAGAUCCUGGGAAUGGUCCGCAGCAAGAGACGCGCUAAGCCAAAAAGGGAACCACCGGCCGGCGAGCUCAGCACACCAGUUACCAGCAGCAGCAGGGGCCGCGAUGUCAACUCCAACAACGUCUCGCUCCCUCACCCUCCAUCUCGCACCCCGACCCCUCACCCUCCGCGUCGCAACAAACGUCGCCAACAAACUGGAGCUGGCGUUCAGACUCAACCAGAAAUGGCGGGCUUCGGUCAAGCGCCUGCAUUCGGAGCGCAGGCGCUUUCGACCGACGCGACCAACCGAUCAGUCUCGCCAUUUGGAGCUCCGUUCAAUUCCUCCUCGACAUUCGGCCAGCAACAACAAACACCUGCCUUCGGCGCGCCCUCGCCAGCAACGAGCAAUCCGUUCGCGUCGGCCAACACGGCGUCAAAUCCCUUCACGGCACAGGCGACGACAGGCGCCUCCUCGAAUCCCUUCUCAGGCGCUGCGCCUGCGACGACGACAGCCCCGGGCUUUGGGACAGCAUCGAACCCCUUUGCCGCAGCCACCUCGGCCAACAGCUUUGGCGCCCCUUCUAGCAUCACGAAUGGCUCAUCCAAUUUCUUUGCGAACCCUGCUGAAAGCUCGAACAACGCGGCAGCCACCUUCGCCGGCGCUGCAGCAAACAGCCAGAAGAGAAAAAACGGGUUCGGGGACGCAGGUGCAAUGAAGCGGCUCGCUUUUGACUCGAUGACAACCUCCUUCCAGAAGCCACAGACAGCCUUCACAUCAGGUCCUUCCAGCAACAAUCCCAUUGGUUUCGGCGUUAAAGACACCAGAAAGAACCGCAACGGAUUUUCCGACUACUUGAAAGAGAGGGAGGUAAGCGGCCUCGGCCCCAAGACGGCACGCGCCCAUAGUUUCGACGUCAACGGCGUCCAGAAAUCACCGUCCGUCUACGAGAAGGAGAUCCGCGACCAACUGCGCAAAGACAACCUCCACCCGCCAGCAUGGCCUCGGCAACCAGGGAACCCAGCCAGCAGGCAAGCGAUGGAAGACCACAGUGAGAAGUACAAGAAGUAUCAAGCACGUGUCCGAACAUCGUUAAUAAAGGCUGGACUAAUCGAUGAUCCGGACGUGCGGAAAAAGCUAAGCGAUGCCAUCGAUUUCAGGGGCAUUUGUCAGGAUAUGUGUCCCGAAGGCGAGAAGGUCUCACGAAUAGUCGAAUACGAUGUAAAGUUGGCAGAGAAAACCACGAGUCCAGAUGGCCUGGAAAUGUGGCCGGAUCCCGAUCGAAUGAUCAAGUCAUUCAAGCGUUCAGCAGCUGGAACCGACUCGCCCUUGCCAACUGAAGUCCGAUCGCCAGCCGCGUUGAGACGAACUGUCGACUACCUCAUUGACGAUUUUUUGAGGUCUGAUGAGAACCUCCCUUCUCAGCACAACUUUCUUUGGGAUCGGACCAGGGCGAUAAGGAAAGACUUCAUUUUUCAAAACGCAAUGUCGGCUGAGGAACGGACGGACCAGAUCUAUUGCCUGGAAAACAUUGCCAGGUUCCACGCUGUGGCACUUCAUCUGUUGUCACAAGAGAACUUUGCGGCCGAAGACUUCUCCGAACAGCAAGAGCGUGAGCAGCUUGGUAAGACGUUGCUCUCGCUGAUGCAGGUCUACGACGAGUGCAAGGACAUGGAAGGCGUCCACAUGGAGAGCGAGGCUGAGUUUCGAGCCUACUAUCUCCUCUUCAACGCUCACGACCCAUUUGUGAUGCAGCAGAUGCAAGAUUGGGACGACAAGUUCUGGUUCAACUCAUCUGAGGUCCAAACUGCCGUCACGCUGAUUGAGGCAAUGCAGAACGUAUGGAAUGGACGUGGCCCACUCAGGCCUCAAGUUGCUCUCACGACGGGCUCGGCGUCUUUCACUACCUAUUUCUCCAUUGUCGAAGACCGCAAGGUAUCAUACACCAUGGCCUGUUUUGCGGAGAUCCACUUCACCCAAAUUCGUCGCCAAUUGUUGAAGUCCAUACACAAGUCAUAUGGGAGAGUGAGAGAUGGUCCUAAGGAUCUCACGGCGAAGGUACUCAACAGCAUACUUCGAUUUGACACCGAGGAGCAAUGCAUCGCGUUCUUGGAGGAGCUGGAAAUGGAUUUCUCAUCCGAUGGUGCAGAUGAGCCCUACCUCGUGGUGGAGCGCAGGAGGAGCAUUCCCGGGAAAACCAUUCGGCAGUCGUUCUCAGGGGUAAUGGUGGAGCGCAAGCGUGGCGGCCGGCCGCUGCCAGAAGUUAUCCAUUCGACCGUCUUCGAGGACGCCUCUGCAGCCGCCGAGGCAACUUACAGCCCCGACAGCAUGUUCGUCACGCAACCAUCAGGAUCUCCAGGAUUUGGUGCAAGUGGCGACCCAAGAGCGACCCAUGUUGAGGUCAACUUCUCCGACGAUGAAACGCCCUCAUCAUCUCCACAGCCCCCUCUCAAGACGCUUUCGCCGUUCCAAAGGCCGCCGACGACCAACGGCUUUGCCACUUCAGAUACGAACAAGUCAGUUUUGGACUCGACGCCCAAAAACCCAUUCUCCGGAGUGUCCAGCAACCCGUUUUUCCAGGCAUCCAACACGAGCAGCACCCCUCCAACAGACAAUUCCGCCUCAAAUGCACAACCUCCAACUUUUCCUUGGCAAUCCAAGCCGCCCGCCGACAGUAUAUUCGGUAAUCCUCCAUCGUCCGAGUCCGCCGCAAAGCCGCCGAUAGAAAUGCCCAAGUUCUCCUGGUCGACUACCCCGGCCGACACAACGGCUAGCACCCCACCCCCUGAUGUCGGCUCAGGCUCCGUGUUCGACUUCUUGAAUAAGCCAGCAGAAACAAGCAAAGCAUCUUUUAUUCCCGACACUGCUACCUCGACCACCACAGCAUCGGGCAUUUCUUCACACUUGUUCUCGACUCCAGACCAGGCCGCAGAAGCCAACGCACAGGCUCCGAUUUUUGAAUCAUAUCCGACAAAGCCCUCGGACGCACCACCUGCACCAUUUAACGAUCAAAAUUCUGCGCCGUCAACCAACCCUCCCUUCAUUGCAGGCCCGGAUUCGACGUCCACACAACAAUCUUCGGAAGCCUCGCAACCACAGGUUCCAUCGUUAUUCACGAAGCCUUCGGAGAUGGUCAAACCACAGCCGGCCCAGACGAAUCCUCCGCCACCGCCAAAACCUGCGCCGCCCAAGGACCUGAUGGGCGACUUCGCCAGAUGGGUGGUGCUUGGAGACAAUGGGUUGAUGGAAGAAUUCCAAGAGGCUCUCGUCACGCACCUAGUUCGUGCCGUCUUUGACCAGCAUCAACAGGAAGAAGAAGAGCGCAAACGAAAAGAAGAAGAGAACAGGUCCUGGGCAAAAGCUCGAAAGUUCAGGAUAUACAGCCUGAGAGUCCGCUUCUUUUACAGAUGGCGGGACAUUGCGAGGAAAUUGGCUCUGAAGCGCGUUGGGCGCCACAACAGAGCCGCAAUGAAGCAAUAUAGGGAGGCCAAACUGGCUGAAGCAAAGGCAGCGAAGGCGAAGGCGGAGAAGGACGAGAAGUCCCGUACGAAGCGGCUCACCGGCCCGUCGUCUUGGCUAGACGAACUGGAGAAGGAUCGAGCUUUGAAGAGGGCUAGGCGAGAAAGCAUGUCGCUUGAUACCUCGAGAAGAGCCAGUAUCACCUCAAGCAGUGCAGACGCCUUGCUUGCUACCGGCAUAUUUUCGGGCAUGGAGAAUCAGCAAGAGUUGGCUGCCAACUGCGUCCGGGACGACGAUUCCCUGUACGACGCGCUGGUGGGCGUGACCAUACACCCGAACCCCAGCCAGCAAAGUAUGGGCCCUCCAGCCAGGCCCAAGGACCCUCUUCGGUCUGUCCGCAACGCUGCCGUGGCCAAGCCCGCACCUAAACCGAAACUCAGCAAAAAGGCCCAAUACCUCCAAGACUUGAUGAGCGGCAAGCACCGCGAGGACGACCUAAUCAGCUUCAGGAGCAGCAAUUCUUCGCGUAUGGCAAGAUCGGUCCCCACGGGUGGCAAGGUUACAAACUUCUCUCGGUACCAGUCCUCAUCGCCUCGCUCAUCAGCCGAGCCUGAGCGACCGAGGAAUGGGCCAGGCAGCGGCAUCAAAUCGUCCUACUGGCUACUCCGAAGUCGAGGACUCUUCGCAACGCCAACUGGGCAUGUCCUGUCCGAUAAGGCUCCUCGUCCAGUAAUGAGUAACAACCAUGAAGGCGGCUCCCAGUACUCCGGAGACUCGGACGCCGGUGACCUGGAUGACCGCGUUUUGGAACAGGAUGGGGCCUACCGUGCAAGCUUGGGGUUGACGGGGUCCCGCCGCAGCACCUUCAGCGUCCCGCAAUCAGCAGCGGGAUCGCCGCCGCGACAAAGUUUCCUGAAACCGAAGCCAUCGAUGGCACGACAAUCACUUCCCGCGGGCAUGUCUUCGGCAUCGCUGCUUGCUUCCCGGCAGACAGAUGGCGACGCUGUGUCUCAGGCAGGUAGUGCCGUCAGUACCCUACAACAAGACGCCGAGGAGAGCCUGCGGGAGCUGAAGAGGGUUGCUGCCGAGUUGGACAACGAAACGGAAUGGUAUCGCGAGCAGAACAAGCAAUUGUCCCAAGGUCAGCAAGCCUUUGGCGCUUAG